CGGGCGAACAGAGCCUCCAGUCGUAGUUCAAGAUGAGUCUCAGCAACAAGGUGGCGAUCGUGACGGGAGCUAGCAGCGGAAUUGGUGCCGCUAUUGCCCAGGUUUUGGCCCGCGAAGGUGCCAUCUUGGCGCUGGUGGGCCGCAAUGUGGCCAAUCUGGAGGAGACCAAGAAGAAUUUGAAGGCGGGCACCCAGGCGGAAAUCGUGGUGGCCGAUGUGACCAAGGAUGCGGAUGAUAUUGUCAAGCAAACGCUGGCCAAGUUCGGACGCAUCGAUGUGCUGGUGAAUAAUGCCGGCAUUCUCGGCAAGGGCGGUCUCAUCGAUCUGGAUAUCGCCGAGUUUGAUUCCGUGCUGAAUACCAAUCUGCGUGGUGUCAUUCUCCUGACCAAGGCUGUCCUCCCGCAUCUCUUGAAGACCAAGGGAGCCGUGGUGAAUGUGAGCAGCUGUGCCGGCAUUCGUCCCUUCGCCGGUGCCCUCAGCUAUGGCGUCUCGAAGGCCGCCCUCGAUCAGUUCACCAAGAUCGUGGCCCUCGAGAUGGCGCCCCAGGGUGUCCGCGUGAAUUCGGUGAAUCCCGGAUUUGUCGUCACCAAUAUCCAUCGCACCCUCGGCAUCGUCGACGAGGAGUACAACGGCGUCCUGCAGCGGGCCAUCCAGUCGCAUCCCAUGGGCCGUGUGGGCCUCGUCACCGAGGUCGCCGAGGCCGUGGCCUUUUUGGCCAGCUCCAAGGCCAGCUUCACCACCGGCGCCCUCCUGCCCAUCGAUGGCGGCAAGAACAAUCUGACGCCUCGUUAAGCGUGCUGUGCUUCCAGUAAUUACGUUUCCUCCAUUAUUUCCUCUUCAUUUUCUUCUUUUUUUUUUGUUAUAAUAAAUAAGUUGUAACCACACACUGAA